CAAUAAUAAACCAAAGGCUAAAGAGCCUUUUGAAUUUUUAAACCCUCACCUUAAACUUUCAGAGCGUCAGACCCUCAAUAGAAAAGUUUUAGAUGCCACUAUUGCUGAAGAGAAUGAAGCAAUGUAUGAUGCACUUUGUAAAAAUAAAAUAGAUAUUAUUUUGACCUUUGAUAGGUGGACUAACGUAAAUAACAAACAACUUCUAGAAGUAAUGAUCAUUACUUCUGAGGGAAAACCUUAUGUAUGGAAAGCCACAGAUAUUAGUUUAGAGAGGGAAUCACAUAUUAAAGUUAUAGAAAAAACUAAUACAAUGAUUAAUGAAUUAAAAA